GUCUGUGCGACCAUGAUUCAACAUUACAAAAUCCCGCGAAAUCUACACAAGGUGCUGAAGUGAUCGACACGUUUGUUUUACCAUGGAUAAGCCUCGUGUAAAUGGCUCGAUGUUGCCAUCGUACCAAGGAAGGGCUGUGUGCGUAUUGGGAAUGGCCAAGGAUGUUGAUCAGAAUGGUCAGGCAUUCACACUGACAACAAGUGAUGGUCAAGAUAUACGAAUCAGCAUGCAGGAACCGUUGAGUGAAUAUGUUGCUGGGCUUACAGAAGUAGAAGGCCAAGUUCAGUCAAACAAUGCCAUUGCCUGUCAGAACUACAUCACUUUCCCACAGGACACUUCGGAAGCAUUUGAUAUGAAAAUGUAUAAUGAUGCUGUUGAACUUUCUGCCAGAUUUUCCAAUCAUUACAUCGUGGGAGUACAGGGAUAAGGACAGAUAAAGUGGAUUAACAUUUCACAUAGGCUAUACAAACUGUCACUUUGGAAACAGCUUGAGAGCAGUCUUCUGUGCAUCAAUAACUAUACAAACUGUCCCACUGGAAACAGAUUCAGAACAGUCUGUUGUACAUCACUACACAAACUGUCUCUUUAGAAAUAGCUUCAGAAACUCUGUUGUUCUAUUGUCAUUGAUGAAAAUAUGUUGAUGAUUCCAAAAGUAGAAAACAGGUGAUUCUGUAUUACAGAUUGAGAUCUUAGAAUUGUACUUAAUACAUUGUCUCCU